UCAAAAUAUAAAAGAAUAAUAACAUUCAAAGAGAGCCUUUAUUUUUCUCUGUCUAUUCUCACACUCUUUGUCUGUUUAGAUUUCUUAAAUCUAACUUUACUUACUUGCCAUUAUUUUGUUUUUAUUUGCUAGAUCUCUCUCUUUUCAUUGCCUACCUAUCUUGUCUACCCCCAUUUUUUUUUUUUCAAAAAAAGAAAAAACUUCUUUCUUAGUAUAUAUAUGGGAACCUAGAAUGUUUUUUCUUGGACUCAUUGACAUUGGUUGAAACUUGACACACACAAAUUGAACAUGGGAAAAAGAGCAUGGGCUUUUUCUCUUUUGUUCUUGGUUGUUUUGGCUUAUCUAUCCCAUGUUCAUGGAGAUGUUCAUCCUGGAAAAAAACAACAUGAUCAUCAAAAGAAGAAAAUGAAAGCUUUUAAAGCUUCAUUUAUUCGUCGCGAUUCGAUUGCUAAAUCUCCUUCUCCAUCUCCUUCUCCAUCUCCAUCUCCAUCACCAUCACCAUCACCAUCAGCAGUGACCGUUACACCAGGUCCAAGAGUAUAUCAUGUAACAUCAUAUGGUGCAGACGCAACUGGGAAAUUAGAUAGCACACAAGCAAUUCUACAAGCAAUUUCUGAUGCACUUCAGGGGCCAACAAAUGGUUUCUUGAUGCAAGGAAUAUCAAAUCUUGGUGGUGCUCAAAUUAAUCUUGAAGGUGGGAAUUACUUGAUCAGCCAGCCAUUGCAGUUCCCCGUUGUCGGCCGCGGCAAUCUCAUGAUUCAUGGAGGAACACUAAAAGCUUCAGAUAAUUUUCCAACAGAUGGAUAUCUCCUCGAUUUAUCGACAUCUUCAAACAAUGCUCCUGAAUAUUUCUUUGAAUUCAUAACCUUAAGAGAUUUAUUGUUGGAUUCUAAUUUCAGAGGAGGAGGUAUCCAGGUGAUAAAUUCACUCAGAACAAGCAUUGACAAUUGUUAUAUUACUCAUUUCACAACAAAUGGUAUUUUUGUCAAAGGUGGUCAUGAAACAUACAUUAGAAAUUCUUUCCUUGGACAACAUAUUACUGCUGGUGGUGAUCAAGUAGAGAGGAAUUUCUCUGGGACCGCGAUAAAUAUAAUUGGAAAUGACAAUUCUGUUACUGAUGUGGUGAUUUUUUCAGCUGAAAUUGGUAUAAUUUUAUCAGGCCAAGCAAAUUUGAUAUCAGGUGUACAUUGUUACAAUAAGGCAACUGGAUUUGGUGGCACUGGAAUUUACCUAAAACUCCCUGGUUUAACACAAACAAGAAUUGUGGAUUCCUAUUUAGAUUAUACUGGGAUUGUGGCAGAAGAUCCAGUUCAGCUCCAUAUUUCAAACACUUUUUUUCUUGGAGAUGCAUUUAUUAAAUUGAAAUCAAUAAAUGGUCUUGUGAAUGGAGUUAACAUUGUGGACAACAUGUUUGCUGGAUCAGAUAAAGGGAUUGAUAUUGUUCAAUUGGACCAAUCUAAUGGACAUUUCAAGACAAUUGAUCAAGUUGUGGUGGAUAGAAACAAUGUUAAAGGGAUGAAUCUUAAGUCUACUAUUGGAAGUGGAGUUGUUCAGGGGAAUGGUACCUCAUGGAUUGUGGAUUUUAAUCCAAUUCUUGUAUUCCCUAACCUCAUUAAAAAUGUUCAAUACACUUUUUACCCUAGUAGGAACUCUUUCGUUAAUCAUGCUUUAAGAAAUGUAUCGAACAAUCGGGUUUGGAUUGAAUCACAAGAACAAGUUCCAGCUAGUGUUUUCGUGGUGGUGAAUCAAGGGACAUGAUCGAUCGAACAUGUAUAGGAUCAAGAAAUUAACAAGCAUAGGGAUAUUAUAUUAUUAUUUUCAUCUUGUCAUGGAUCAAAAAUCAUUAGAGCUCUUGAAUCAUUCUUUUUCAAGAAAUCUUUAUGUUUAAUGUGAUUUUAUUUCGACCCAUGGAAAAAAGUAUAAUCCAACAAUACAAGGAAGGCUUUUUUCUUUUAA